GUGAGGGUAGAACCGGGUUCGCUGUGAGCCAUGUUGGAUGUGAAUGAGAGAUGCUGCGCGCGUGCCGCUGCUAGCCGGAGCUCUACCAAACACCGAGAGUAGAUGCGAGCUUCCCGGGAUCACCGAGCGACCGGGGAGCACGGCGGAAGGUGUCGGGCGGUGGGGGUUGAGCUGGCCACUUAGCCGGCGUUUGGAGAGAGAAAGAGAGACACUUGGGUUCAGAGAGAGGGGAGAAAGGGGGGGGGGAGAGAAAGGAUUUCACCAGACUAAUGGCUGCACUGCUACUGGAUUUGGGCUCGCUUUCGCCGCUGUUGUUUCUCCUUCUCCUCAGCUCUUUGUUCACCGUUAUCCCGGGGAGUGCAGCGGGGCCUGCAGCAGGGCCGUUCUGCCGCUCCCUGUGCACCCACCCAGCCCCCGGAGACGCUCAAAUCGCCAGCUUGCCCGACGGAACGGUAACGGGGGCUUUGGCUGGGGGCGAUUGGAAGAUCCACCCUGCACGGACGCUACGGUCGCGUGGAUGGGAAUCGCAAUGCUUACGGUCCUGUGCAGAGGGAACCCCCUCAGCUCCGUUGAGUCCGGAUUACCGGAAUUCUAGUGCAUGGAUAUCAGAACCGGCGGCGCACACCGGACGCAGUCAUCACCAGCCUGUUUGGAGUAACGGUGGCAGUGGAGAGAAGGGCGUUGUUUCUCGUGUUCUCUCCUCUCCGGUUCAGGAUGGCAAAAAGAGGACUAUACAAAGGACUAGAACGCACUCGCGGCCACAGACGCGCCUCGACACGGACAGGGUCAUUGCACAAAGCGUGCUGGAUAGCUGUAGAACCGUGGAUAGUCAAUCCAGGCCCAACCUCUGCCCAUGUCACCCAAAACGGGAGUAUGCCGCUGCCAAGACACCAACUCGGCCGUUAUUAAAAGCCUAUUCUUAUUCUAAUUUGGUUUCGGACACCAAUAAAUUGUGCAAAGCGACAGCGGACCGUCCCCUCUCAGGCCCCCUGAAUGUUAUCGAUCUCACCAGAGAGGACUGGAACGGGUCAGGCAUUAGGAAUAUCCGCGGGUGCUCGGGACCGUGCUCGUGGCAGCUCUCUCUAGGGCUUGGAAGCGAAGCAAGCAGCUGUCUCGAGUCACACCGGAUCACAGGUUGUUCUGAAAUGCAUCCAGACUGGCACAGCAGUAACUGGCACCGGUUCAACAUCUCUCUGAGGCGCUACGCUGUUUGUGAAAGGCAGGCAAGAGAAAAUACAAACACCACAUCUUCAAAUAAGAACUCAGAAGUAGAAUUUGUGCAUGCAAAGUCUGAUCGGAAUAGUUCACAAAAGUCUUCUAGUGCGCUCAAACGGACUGAUGCUCUGGAUUUAAUACUACAGGCUGCCUGGGUCAGGACUGAGACUCGCUUUGUUGACAGAAAGGCUCAUUAUAAUAGAUCAACUGGAAUCAGCGCUGCUCAGUUGUAUAUCGGCGAUGUACACAACUCUGACUCAUCUGCUACUGGCUCUCCCAGGGGUCAUAAUGCACCACAUAUCUACCUCUUAGUCGAGCUUAACUUUCCUAAAUGUUUUCGUGACUCACACAUUCACACGCGAGAAGAUUCAGCACCCGCUCAGUGGACCGCGCCAAUCUCCGUGCGUGAGCUCGCACACUCGAAUGACUUUACUCAAAGUUUGUUGCUGAGGAAUUGGAACAGUAACAAUAACAACAACUGCGCCAAGAAUCGUAACGAUAACCACCAAAACAACAGCAGUCCUGAUGAUCAAAUUGCAAAUGAAACCCAAAAUGUUCCUGACAGUGAAGAGCGCGACUUUGUUAGAGGGGAAAGCGCACGUUAUCCUUGCUCUAGUACGCGUGCAGAGUGUGGCAACUACGACAGCUUAACCGCCGAUGGGGGAGCCACGCGGCCGCAAUUAAAAUCCGGUAAACGGGUGUCAUUACAAGCUGAGGGUGUCAGUCAGCAAGAGGAGCAGCUGGAAGCCGCGACUGAGUGCGAUAGGAGGGAGGGACAGAUAGAGGGCGGGGUGAAAGGGGAGGGAACGGGGGAGGGAGACAGACAGCCUGUAGAGGGAGAAAGGGUGGAAAGCAUGGAGUGGGUGAUUGCAGAAGACACAAAGGAAGAGGUAGUGUUAGAAGAGACAAUUUUACUGAGAGAAAAAGAAAAAGGUCAAGGCAAUGGCACCUCUCAGUCAGACAGAAAAAGCAAUGAAAACAAUGAGGGAAUGUGGACUGAACAGAAUGAGUUUAAACAGAGUCUAGAUGGGGUGGGAAACACACAAACAGCUCUGUACGGUGAAAAACAAAAAGCAAGAGAGAGCGAUGAAGUUCAGAGAGGAGAAGAGCAGGAGUACAACGAAGAGCAGACAGGUGUCCCUCCUGUUGGGCGCUCCCGUAGAGCUGCUAAUAGGCACCCCCAUUUCCCCCAGUAUAACUACCAGGUUCAGGUUGCUGAGAACCAGCCUCCUGGUACCUCAGUCAUAACUAUGACAGCUGAGGACCCUGAUGCUGGUGAGGCAGGCAGACUCAGUUACAGCAUGGCCCCUUUAAUGAACAGCAGGUCCAUGGAUUACUUCCAAAUGGACCCAAUUACUGGCCUUCUCACCACCACACACAUUCUGGAUCGAGAACACAUGGACCUGCACUACUUCCGAGUUACUGCCACAGACCAUGGCUCACCACGCCUUUCUGGAACAACUAUGGUGACCAUCACUGUGACUGAUCGUAAUGAUCACUCUCCCGUGUUUGAGCAAACAGAAUACCGCGAGACCAUUCGAGAGAACGUGGAAGAGGGAUAUCCUAUCCUGCAGCUGCGAGCAACAGAUCUUGACUCGACAGCGAAUGCUAACAUACGCUACAGAUUUAUUGGAGAAAGUGCGGCUGUUGCACGCACUGCGUUUGAGAUCGAUCCUCGAUCAGGCUUGAUCACAACACGAGGUAUUGUUGACAGAGAAGCAAAUGAACGUUAUACAUUGUUGGUGGAAGCAAGCGACCAGGGAAGAGAGCCGGGCCCACGGUCGGCUACCGUUAGCGUCCAUAUCACUGUGUUGGAUGAGAAUGACAAUGUUCCACAGUUCAGUCAAAAGCGGUAUGUGGUUGCAGUUAGAGAGGAUGUCCGACCACAUUCUGAAAUCCUCAGAGUCAGCGCCUCGGACCAGGAUAAAGAUGGGAAUGCUGCUGUGCACUACAACAUAAUCAGCGGGAACAGCCGAGGACAGUUUGCGAUUGACAGUGUUACUGGAGAAAUCCAGGUGGUAGCACCACUGGACUAUGAGACGGAACGGGAGUACAUGCUACGGUUGCGGGCUCAGGACAACGGCCGUCCACCUCUCUCCAACAACACUGGAAUUGUGAGUGUGCAGGUCACUGAUGUCAAUGAUAAUCCACCAAUCUUUGUAUCCACACCUUUCCAGGCUACAGUGCUGGAGAGCGCUCCUAUCGGUCACUCCAUUCUUCACAUACAAGCUAUUGAUACAGAUAAUGGUGACAAUGCACGCCUGGAAUACCGUUUAACGGGAACCGGCACGGAUACACCAUUUGUUAUCAACGCUGCCACUGGUUGGGUCACAGUGAGCUCAGAACUUGACCGUGAAUCAGUAGAGCAUUACUUCUUUGGUGUUGAAGCUCGAGAUUAUGGUGCCCCACCUCUUUCCGCCACAGCUAGUGUUACAAUCACAGUUAUGGAUGUUAAUGAUAACCGACCAGAGUUUCUACAAAAAGAGUAUUACGUCAGACUAAAUGAAGAUGCAGCUGUUGGAACAAGUGUGGUCAGCAUAACCGCAGUUGACCGUGAUGUAAAUAGCGCCGUCACAUAUCAGAUCACAGGUGGAAACACACGUAAUCGCUUUGCCAUUAGCACAGCUGGUGGAGCAGGACUUGUCUCCCUAGCACUGCCUUUGGACUACAAACAGGAGCGUCGCUAUGUGCUAACAGUCACUGCCUCUGACAGAACUCUCCACGAUACCUGUCAGGUGCACAUCAACAUCACAGAUGCCAACACACACCGUCCCGUGUUCCAGAGUGCUCAUUAUUCAGUAAGUGUGAAUGAGGACCGGCCUCCUGGCAGCACAGUGGUGGUCAUAAGCGCAACAGAUGAUGAUGUUGGAGAAAACGCCCGCAUCACUUACUACCUGGAGGACAAUAUUCCACAGUUUCGCAUCGAUCCUGCAAGCGGAGCGAUCACACUUCAAGCAGAACUAGACUACGAAGACCAAAUGACUUACACGCUUGCCAUCACUGCUCGUGACAAUGGAAUCCCUCAGAAAUCUGACACCACUUAUGUGGAGGUCAAUGUUAAUGAUGUAAAUGACAACGCACCUCAGUUCCUGAGCCCCAGGUAUCAGGGUGGAGUCAGUGAGGAUGCUCCACCUUUCACUAGUGUGCUACAAAUCUCCGCUACUGACCGUGAUGCUCAUGCCAAUGGCCGUGUCCAGUAUACGUUCCAGAAUGGAGAAGACGGUGAUGGUGAUUUCACCAUAGAACCAACCUCCGGAAUAGUCCGGACCGUCAGGAGACUUGAUCGUGAAAGUGUUCCCUUCUACGAGCUGACUGCAUUUGCUGUGGAUCGCGGUGUUCCACCUCAGCGUACACCUGUACACAUUCAAGUCAGUGUCAUGGAUGUCAAUGACAAUGCUCCAGUGUUUCCUGCUGAUGAUUUUGAGGUUCUAGUGAAGGAGAACAGUGCCGUUGGGUCCAUCGUAGCUCAAAUUACAGCGACUGAUCCAGAUGAGGGCCCAAACGCUCAGAUUAUGUAUCAGAUUGUGGAAGGAAAUAUUCCAGAAAUCUUCCAAAUGGACAUUUUUUCAGGAGAACUCACUUCUUUAAUUGACCUUGACUACGAAAAACGGAAUGAGUAUGUAAUUGUUGUCCAGGCCACAUCGGCUCCACUAGUCAGUCGUGCCACGGUGCGCAUACGACUGGUUGACCAGAAUGAUAAUGGGCCCCAAAUGCAAGACUUUCAAAUCAUCUUUAACAACUUUGUAUCCAAUCGAUCUAACACCUUCCCAAGUGGGGUUAUUGGACAUGUUCCAGCCCAUGACCCAGAUGUUUCGGAUCGUCUCUACUACACCAUAGACCGCGGGAAUGAGCUUCACCUGCUGCUGUUGAACCACACGAGCGGGGAGAUCCGCCUCAGCCGGAAACUGGACAACAACCGACCACUGGUGGCCCCGAUGCUCGUCACCGUCACUGAUGGCAUUCACAGCAUCAGUGCUCAGUGUGUGUUGCGGGUUCUCAUCAUUACGGAGGAGAUGCUCAGCAGCAGCAUCACUGUACGACUCCAGAACAUGUCCCAGGAGCACUUCCUGUCCCCGCUGCUCACUCACUUCCUGGAAGGGGUGUCAGCCGUGCUUUCAGUCUCUCCUGAUGAUGUGUUUGUGUUCAACGUGCAGCCGGAUGCAGAUGCAGGAAAGGUGCUCAACGUUAGUUUCUCCGCUGCAUUGCCGGGAGGGCAGUUUUUCCCAUCGGAGGCUCUGGAGGAGCAGCUGUACCUCAACAGACAUAGACUCAAUGCCCUUGCACAUAUGGAGGUUCUCCCAUUUGAUGAUAACGUGUGUUUACGUGAACCAUGUCAGAACUACAUGAAAUGCAUCAGCGUUCUCCGCUUCAACAGCUCCGCUCCCUUUAUCGCCUCCCCAUCCACGCUGUUCCGGCCCAUCCAUCCCAUCACAGGGCUGCGCUGCCGCUGCCCUGCCGGAUUUACGGGAGAUUACUGCGAGAUUGAAAUUAACCUGUGUUACUCAAACCCCUGCAUGAAUGGAGGAGUGUGCGCUCGCAGAGAGGGAGGCUACACCUGCAUCUGCCGAGAGGAUUACACAGGCGAACGGUGUGAGUUUGACCGGCGUGGUGGCCGGUGUGUGGCAGGCGUUUGUCGUAACGGCGGUACAUGUCUUGAGCUCUCCGGAGGGGGAUUCAGGUGUGAGUGUCCUGCAGGAGGUUAUGAGAAGCCAUAUUGCUCUGUCACCACCAGAUCCUUCCCGCCAAAAUCAUUCAUGAUGUUCAGGGGGCUCCGUCAACGAUUCCACCUCUCCAUCUCUCUCUCGUUUGCCACAUUGGAAAGUAAUGGUUUGCUCUUCUACAACGGUCGGUUUAAUGAGAAGCAUGACUUCCUUGCUUUGGAGAUACUGAACGGACAAAUGGUUCUUAAAUACUCCACAGGUGAGUCGUCUACUCAGGUGAGUCCAUACCUGCCUGGCGGAGUAAGUGACGGCAACUGGCACACCGUUCACAUCCAUUACUACAACAAGCCAAAGCGCAGUGUGAGUGGUGACGUUCAGGGUCCGUCUGAUGAGAAGGUUGCAGUCUUGAGCGUAGAUGACUGUGACACAGCUGUUUCUCUGAGGUUUGGCAUUCAGCUCGGCAACUACAGCUGUGCUGCACAGGGAAGACAGACCAGCAGCAAAAAGUCUCUGGAUCUGACAGGCCCGUUGUUUUUGGGUGGAGUUCCUAACCUGCCUGAGAACUUCCCGUUUACUACAAGAGAAUUUAUUGGCUGCAUGAAAGACCUGCAUAUUGAUAACAGACCAGUGGACAUGGCAGGAUUCAUCGCUAAUAAUGGCACUUUACCUGGUUGCAGUGCCAAACUGCCUUUCUGUAAAUCAAACCCGUGCCAGAAUGGCGGCACAUGUAGGGUGAGCUGGGAGACGUUUUCCUGUGACUGCCCUGUUGGAUUUGGAGGGAAGGACUGCAGCUUAGUGAUGUCCCACCCCCAUCGUUUCCUUGGAAACAGUGCGCUGUGGUGGGACCUGAAGAAUGAAGUCACCAUCACUACACCCUGGUACAUGGGGCUGGUGUUCCGCACCAGAUCAAAAGAGGGGGUUCUCCUGCAGGCUCAAGCUGGACAGUACACCAACUUGAUCUUUCAGGUGGUUUCGGGUCAUUUGGUGUUUUCUGUGGCACGGGGUUCGACUCGGCCGGUCAGGUUGAGACUGGAUCAGGUUCAGGUGUGUGAUGGACGCUGGCAUGACCUACAGCUCGAGCUCCGUGAUGUCAGGAGUGGCAGAGAGACUCGAUAUAUUGCUACAGUCCGACUGGACUUUGGACUGUAUCAGGGAACAGUCAUUGUUGGGAAUGAGAUUAAUGGUGUAAAGGUGAAGCACCUACAUGUAGGUGGAGUUUUAGGGUCAGGAGAGGUGCAAAAUGGUAUACGUGGCUGCAUUCAGGGGGUGCGUCUGGGGGUGCGUCCUGAUUCCCCUGCAUUGCCCCGCCCUUCCAGAACAAUCAAGGUGGAGACUGGCUGUAAUGUUGGCAACCUGUGUAACUCCUCCCCUUGUCCCGUCCAUAGCCAAUGCACUGAUGAAUGGGAUCGACACACCUGUGUUUGUGAACCAGGAUUCUACGGUAAAAGCUGUAUGGAUGCAUGUCAGCUGAACCCAUGUGAAAAUCAAGCAAAGUGUCACAGGAAGCCCAGCUCCUCGCAUGGAUAUAUUUGUGACUGUGAGGACAAUCACUAUGGACAGUACUGCCAACACAGGGUUGAGCAGCAAUGUCCUCGUGGUUGGUGGGGCAGCCCGACAUGUGGACCCUGCCACUGUGAAGCCAGUAAAAGCUUUGACACCGACUGCAAUAAGACCACUGGACACUGCCACUGCAAGGAGUUUCAUUACCGACGGCCGGGCAGUGAUGUCUGCCUGCCAUGUGAUUGCUAUCCAGUGGGCUCCUUCUCAAGGUCAUGUGACCCCGAGAGCGGCCAGUGCCAGUGCCGACCUGGAGUGAUUGGCAGACAGUGUAACAUGUGUGACAAUCCAUUUGCUGAGGUCACACAAACAGGCUGUGAAGUAAUCUAUGAUGGCUGUCCGAAGACCAUAACAUCAGCAAUCUGGUGGCCCAGAACAAAGUUCAACCUGCCUGCUGCUGUCCCCUGUCCCAAAGGAUCAGUUGGAACUGCGAUUCGGCACUGUGAUGGAGAGAGAGGAUGGCUCGACCCUGAUCUGUACAACUGCACCUCUCCUCCUUUUGUGGAGCUAAACACAGCCCUGGAGGCUUUAGAAAGAAAUGAGACAGAACUCAACACCAUCAUUGAGAAAAAACUGGCCCAUCAGCUUCGUGAUGUCACAGAGGCAACAACCCGUCUCUAUGGCAAUGACCUUCAGAUAGCCGAGAGGCUGCUGUCUCGCCUCCUGACCUUUGAGAGCCUCCAGUCAGGCUUCGGUUUGACAGCUACUCAGGAUGCACAUUUCAAUGAGAAUGUGUUGCGAGGCUGUAGUGUUUUGUUGGGUCCGGGCAGUGCUGCGUUGUGGAGGGGUCAAAGUUCAGGUCCGACUGGAGCGGCGGGAUUGGCCGAUCUGUUGGAGCAGUACGCCCGCAUACUCGCCCAGAACAUGAAACAGACCUACCUCAAUCCUGUGGCACUCGUCGCCCCAAACAUCGUCAUGACUCUGGAUCGCGUUGACAACCACACACAUGUGCGGCGACGAUUUCCACGGUAUCACAGUACUCUGUUCCGAGGUCAAGUGCUUUGGGACGCUCACACACAUGUUGUGCUGCCCCCUACUGCACUAGUGUCACAGCGCAACUUCUUUUCAGCUCCAUCUCCUGCUGGCCCUGUGAACCUGUUGGCCAAUCAGACGUUAGAAGCAACAGCAGCGCGGCGUUCUUUGUCACUGCAAGAGGCGCCGGUCUCCAUUGUCAUCCUCCUUAUUUAUCGAAGCCUAGGGGCCGCACUUCCCCCUAAAUACCACACAGACCGUCGCGGCGUCAGGUUACCCAGACACCCUGUGUUGAACUCGCCUGUAGUGAGUGUUUCUGUGUACAAUAACCAGACAUUCGUGGAGGGUUUUCUGGACACUCCGGUCCUGCUGGAGUUUCGUCUUCUGGAGACCAGCAACCGCAGCAAACCACUGUGUGUGCAGUGGAAUCACAGCAGCCCUGUAACAUUCCUGUGUACGGUGGUUGCGAUUCUGCUCCAUUACUUCUUUAUGUCGGCAUUUGCGUGGCUGUUCGUGGAAGCUCUUCAUAUUUACCGUAUGCAAACAGAAGCGAGAAACAUCAACUAUGGAGCAAUGAGAUUCUACUAUGCUAUUGGCUGGGGAGUCCCUGCUAUCAUUACAGGGUUGGCAGUUGGGUUGGAUCCAGAGGGGUAUGGCAACCCAGAUUUCUGCUGGAUCUCCAUGUACGAUAAGCUCAUGUGGAGCUUUGCAGGACCAGUUAGCGUCGUCAUCCUGAUGAAUGGUGGGAUGUUUUUAAUGGUCCUGCGUAUGACAUGUAACCCCACUCAGAAGGAGAUAAAGAAGCUGCCCGUGAUUUCUACUAUCCGCAGUGCCUUCCUCCUGUUAAUAUUGAGUACAUGUGUUUGGUUGUUUGGCCUUAUGGCUGUUAAUAACAGUGUCCUGGCGUUCCACUACCUGUUCAUUGUCCUCUGUUGCGUACAGGGAUUGGCUGUACUGUUGGUUUUUACUAUCCUGAACUCUGAGGUGCAGGAGGCCUGGAAACUGGCCUGUCUGGGCAAGAAAAGCCCCAGUGAAGAAGCUCCCAGACCUCCACAGAUCACAGGCCAAAAUCCAUACAACAGCGCCUCCCUGCUGGAGCAGAGCGGAUUACACCGGAUCACACUCGGAGCUUCUACCAUCUCAUCAGUCAGCAGUGCCAGGGAGAAUCUCUUGGCACGGCAGACUCUAGAACACACUCUUGGUCACACAGGGGCCACUGACCUGGACGUGGCAAUGUUUCACCGCAACGGAGGUACACUAGCACACAAUAACCUGCAUGCAUGUGAGGACUCAGACUCAGAUUCUGAUCUCUCACUGGAAGAGGAGCGGAGUUUGUCCAUCCCAUCAUCAGAGAGCGAGGACAAUGUGCGGCUGCGUGGACGCAUCCAGCGGCGCUUCAAACGGUCCGGUCAAGGCAAACGUUUACUCACAGAGCCCACACACAACGGUGGAAAAGAUCUGGAUGGCAAUGACCUGCUCUCCUAUUGGCCAGCGCUGGAAGGCUGCGAGGCACACUCACUGCAGAAAUGGGGCUCAGAGCGCCGCCUAGGGGGCGACUACAGCAAGGACGCAGCUAAUAACAACCAGCCAGAUGCAGCGCUGACCAGCGGAGAUGAGAACGGACUCACACACAGACACCGCAAGGGAAUCCUGAAGAAUCGUCUGGGAUGCCCUCCUGCUCUGCAGGGCCUGUCUGCCGUGGGUCGGGCUCCCAGCGAGAUGUCUUGGUACAGGACCUCAACAUUGGGUCACAGAGGUGUCCCAGCUGCCUCCUACGGUCGUAUGUACUCCGGCACUGGCUCGCUGUCCCAACCUGCUUCCCGAUACUCUUCCCGUGAACACCUGGAUUCUCUUGCGCGUCACCAGCGUUCUCGGGACAACCUCGACCUGUUGCCGAGACGACGCGAGCUUGGUGAACCCCAGGAAACCCUGCCCUCUCGCCGCGGUCGCCUAGACUCCGCACCCCCAUGUAGGUACCCGCCAUCUGCAGCUGCACCUGGAGCUCCAUCCAGUCGCCCGCCCUCUAGUGAACAUCUGGAUAUCCUCUCCUCCAUACUCGCCUCCUUCAGCUCCUCUGUCUUAACCCUGCCCCCUAACCCUGUCUCUGCCUUGGCAGGCCCCUCCCCUUCCCCGCCUCCUCUCUCUGCAACCUCUCAGAGCGUCUCUGAAGUGUCACCUGACUCUGAAGUUAACAGAAGUGAUGGACAAUCUUGAUGAUUCCUUCGCAGUCCCAUAAUGCACCUCUGCAGAUGGGCUCAAGAAUCACAGGACAUAGCCAACCGGAGCGUUCAGGACUCCUACUGUACUUCACCCUGGGAAAAGCAUAGGACAUGAGAGUGAAGUUGUUCAUCAAGGGCUUGAGACAUCACCCUCCUGAGAACAGACAGGAAAUCAAACCAGAGAAGGUGAUGAUUUCUAUGAUUUUCAAUUAAUCCAAACUACAAACCUCAGAUUUCAGACCAACAGCUGAGAGGACUGGUCAGAGACAGAGAGAGAGAGGGGAAAAAAAACUGUAAAGAACAUUUUUAUACUUUUUGUAUCUUUUUCAUCAAAGAUCAAAGAAGAAAAAUCUCUAGUGAUGUUUUUGAAGAUUGUGUGGAUAUGUGUUUAAGUGGGUAGGAUCGAAAAAAAAUCAUUUUCAAACCCAUUCCGAGCCAAAACAGUCCCAAACAUUCCCAAUCUUUCCACUCCAACAUGUGUUUAUGCAACAAGCCACACCCACUGAUAGACCGGAGAGAGUCUACGAAGAAAAGGAUCGGUCCGUGUAAAUGCAGAACUUAUUGGCCCAAACAUGGGAUUGGUGGGAAACUCCAGAGACAGUGAUUGUAAUUAUAAAGAAUUAUUAAACAGAAGAUAUGUUUGGACCAUAAUGAUUGUCAGUCAAUGGAUUGUUUUCAGACAGGUGACUUGAUUGGAAGAUUUUAGCUUGAUCUAAACACAUUUCUUCAACAAACCCCAACUCAAAUCUUCUCAGCUAUUCAGGAGAAGAUAUUUAAUCCAUCUUUGAUUUCUUUUCUAACAAAGAGAGCAUAUCUAAAUAUCAGUCAUUAUUGUCUCUGUGGAGUAUUGAAUAACCUUAGUGCUUCAGAGGAAGGAACAUUGUAAAAUGAGCUAAAUACAACCAUUAAGGUGAGAUGAUUUCAAAAUAUCAAGCUCCUGUUUAAAAGGGAAAUCGUGCUUCAUCAUAUGACUUUAUCUCUUUAGUCAUUUGCAGUAUUACCAUGAGUUUUGCCAAAAAGAGUGCCCUA